CCCCGGCCGGAUCCAGCCUGGGUUAGACUUGAAUCUUGGAUCCUUCUCUCUGAACUUCUUAUCUUUCAACUAACCUUAAAUCAGCCAUUGCAUUGUUGCACUAUCGCGGGUUCGAUUUCCACACCAUACCAUCAUACCGCCACCGUCGAGGAUCCUUACUUCAUACCUUGCCAACUGGAUGGGGUCGGAAUCGGAAAUGCAGCUGGUGAAGGAAGAGCGCACUGGCGCUGCUAUCUCGAUCGUUACGGCCAAUUCCGAGGUGGACCCUGAAGAUGACUGGGCCGGCAUGGGAGAUCGCAAAGAACGACGGCGACGACAGAACCGUCUGAACCAGCGGGCUUACCGGAAACGCAAACAAGCAACGCGGCAAACACAGACUCAACCACCGAAUCAGGUCAUACGAAGAACGGUCAAAACGGAGGAACCCACGAGCAGCAGCGACGAACAGAUGAUCACGGUCCUCUCCCCAUCGACCUCCUCCCCCAACUCGACCACGAGUCCCUCCACAUCUGCAUCAUCAUCAUCCACAUCCUUCUCCUUCUCCUUCUCAACACGACCACCAUCCCAGUCGCAAACCCGCAGCAGCACGAGCACGAGCACGAGCACGAGCAGCAGCCCGCGCCCCGACCGCAAACCCUGCACAGACCUGACCACGCAACGACACCUCCAGACCCUGCUCACCGACUUCACCCGCGUCGCCUACGCCUCCUACAUCCACGGCUCGCCGACCCUCGACCACCUGCUGACGCUCAGCCGCAUGAACGUCUACCGCGCCUUCGCCACCAACAUGGCCACCCUGGGCAUGGGCACCGGCGCCGAGUGGAUGCACGACGACGCCCUCUCCGUCUUCACGACCCUGCAGCCGCACAGCGCCCUCGACCCGACCGCGCUGCCGCUGCACCUGCGCCCCACGAAGCUCCAGCAGACCGUCCCGCACCACCCGUGGCUGGACUUCUUCCCCCUGCCGCGGCUGCGCGACAACCUCGUCGCCAUGGCCGACCGCUUCGACGACGAGGAGCUGUGCCUGGACAUCAUGGGGUUCUGGGACUCGCCCACGCACACGUACAGUCUGCUCGUGUGGGGGGAGCCCUCGGACCCCGGCAACUGGGAGAUCACCGAGGACUUUCUGCGCAAGUGGCCGUGGGUGGUGCGCGGCUGCGCCGAGUUGUUGGCCAGCACGAAUCGGUGGCGGGCGCGGAGGGGCGAGAAGUUGCUUUUGCGGUAUUUGUGAUGGUCUUACCCACCCUCUUUUGUGGGAGGGGGAAGAUUGUAAAUGUCCAAUGUAUGUACAGUACAGCGUUACGGUAGGAUCCUUCUUUGCGUUGUGGUGGUGUUAGGUCUCUCUCCCGUGACCUGCGUCAUUCUUCGCAAAUUUCACUAACUACCUAUAUCCUCCAAGCUAGAUCAUUCCAUG